GAGGUUGACCGUUGAUGGCAAAAUAUUGAAGGAGAGGAGAGGGACAUUGUUUUAAAAAUUCAAAGAAUGUUGCACGAACAUAAUAACCUUAUUAAUACCUUCAAAACAGCCUUAGAAAAAAUGCCACAGGAAAAUCACAAAUUAGUAAUACUCGGAGAUCGUACGCCAAAUGGGGAACAUGAAAGACGUUAUAAUGCACCCUUAAUAAACGAAGUCGCUGCCAUGGUGUGUGGUGAACAGUUCGCAUCGCGCGAUAUUGUUUUUCAAACCCAUGAUAACACAUUGAUCAGGGUGUCCGACACACACAAGUUUUAUGACGCACUACAAUACUCGCUUAUGUUUAGUAGCAAUGAGCAAGAGGGGUACCGUUUUCAAAUUCCACAAGAAGUGUGGAAUUUGAAAAUGGUACUCCUGGGCUGGCCCCUGUAAGAGUCUCUUAGACAUAUGGUACCAGGAUUGACAAAAACUAAUUUGACGCGGGCGAAGCCGCGGGUGGAAGCUAGUA